CGCCGGAGGGGUGACGCGGACCCCGGGGGCCGGGUGGGGCCUGGCCUGUGGCGGCGGCGGCGGCCGUGUGGGCGGGAGCGGUGGGCACGGCGGGAUGAGCCGGCCAUGGCGUGUGCUGCGCGCCCUGCGCGCACGGCUCUUCGGGCCGGAGAAGGAGCUGGUGGGCACCGACCCCGCCGGCAACAAGUACUAUCGCGUGCCCAAGCACGAGACGCGCGCAGGGCAGAUUAUACCAGAGAGAAGAUUCGUAGAAGCAGUAAAUCGUCAAGCAUACCAAUAUGAAGUGGGUGAUUUUCCAAUAGAAUGGGAAGCAUGGAUAAGGAAAAAAAGAAAGGAUCCACCCACUAUCGAGGAGAUUCUUAAGAAUGAAAAUUAUAGACAAGAAAUGAAACAGAAAAUCCAAGAAGUAUGUGAAAAGGAUAAGCUCCUUCAGGCCAAGGAAUACAAGGAGGGACUUGUUGCUGCCCCAGCCCAGACCCGUGUGAAAGGCCACGCAUCUGCCCCUUACUACGGAAAGAAUGAGCCUUCGCAAGACCCAGCAAGCACUGCAAAUACCUUUCAGCCAGGCUCUUGGAUGCCACCAGGCAGUGGCAGUAGUGGUAACAAAUAAACAAUUGUAGUGUAGAGAUAUUGCUAAUGGAUAAACAACAUAAACAGCUGUUAUAUAUAGGCAAGAGUGCAAUGAAGUAAUAUUAAAGCAGUUUCAUUUUGCAGAGUUGUUCCAAUGUGUUUAAUCGUGAUAAACCACUGUAAAAUGUUUGAGUUUCAGUGAAAAAUGGGAUGUCUUUCUAAGUUUGUUUUCAACAGUUACUAUUCUUCAUUUCAACUACUCUUGAAAUCAUAAGUAGAACAGUUUUCCUAAAGAAACCUAAGUUGUUUUUUAUCUUGAAAACUCAUUUAAAUUGCAUUAGAUGUAAUAAACUUUAAUUAAUCAGCACACCUAGAUUUUCCCAAAUGUAGGUGUCAGUUUAAGAUAGCUCUUCGGAAAGUUUAAAUUCCCUUGGUUGUGACAAGUGUGCUUUCCUCUGGCAAGGGGGCAAAAAAAAAAGUUCCUUUCAUUAACAGGAAUUGAUGUGGACACUACACUGACUGCACACUGUAUUAACCUUAGAGGCAGCCUUGUAACUUAGGUUUAAGAACACAGUCACAUAUUUGAGUAAUAUUUGAUUUGCAGUAAACACAGGAUAAAAUCAAACUGAGUUAAACUAUCUGUAACUGCCAUAGUAGAGGUUAGAAGCACUGGCUAAAGCUGCUGGAAAGUAACACUGGGUUUGGGACAAGUUCUGUCAUUAAUAUUAAAAAAAAAAAAAAAUUAUUUCUGGUGUAUUCUGGAACAUCUUCAAAUUAUUAGAUCGGUUUGCUCAUGGUUUAGAUACAGAGUGUGCAGAUUAUUUGCUUAGAGAUGAUGUUUGAGAACUGAAAGUCAAAAUAAAGACUACACAAUGUUUUUGAAAAAAA